CAACGUCCUCACAUCACCAGUCAGCGAUCUACUGAGCGUGAGAUUUCGUGAGCUACCAGAUCAUUCGAAGGGAUCCCAGACUCCAGAGAUCGGCAAUCGAUCAGUAUGAAGGGGGCGAAGCGCACUGUGCUUUUGAGCUUGCUUGUGGUCGUGGUGGCUUCCAUGGUUGCACGCAAUGUCGACGCAGCCUGCAGCCUGCAGCAAGUGGCUGGAUGCCUGGAUGCCGUGACCAAAGGAGCCACCCCCACUGGUUCAUGCUGCACCCAGCUUGGACAGGUAGACGCCCCCUGUUUCUGCAACUUGCUUGCGAAUGGCAAAUACUCCGACGCCUACGUCAACAACGCCCUUCAUGUGCCGGCGAGAUGCGGAAGUAAUUCUGCCGCCUAUGCCAAAUUUAAGGGCCGGAACUGCGCGGGUUACGUCGUUCCUUGAAACAACUCCUCAUAGACUUUCACUUUGAUCGAUCGCCAUCUCGGCGACGACAUGGUUUCACUGAGACAUGGGUUUUAAUCUAGUAAGAAGAGUGGUACGUAUAGCAUUCUUCAGGGGUUGAAGGGUUUAGUGGCUGCAGACAGUCUUGAAGUUGCUAUAGCAACCAUAACACGAAUUUCCUGAUGAGCAGGACAUACUUGUGAUGACAUUCAGUUGUAUGUGAUGAUGACCUGAAUGCCGAGGUCUCUUGCACCUCAGUUUCAGGCAUUGGAAACUCAACACUGAUUUUCCUAAGUCCAUAUCUCCUUUGAAAAAACUCCGCACAACUUGUGGGUUGGUUUGCGUUCA